AUGCUAUUAUUCUUUUGCUUUCUUGGGAUAUUUGUUGCUUAUCUUUUAUUUGGCAUUGUUCAAGAAUCAAUAGUAAAAGGAAAAUAUGGUGAAAAUCAUAAAUUUAAGUAUAUUUUAUCACUGGCCUUUUUUCAAUGUGUUUUGAAUGCAAUUGUAUCAAAAACAAUUCUGGUUGCACAAGUAACCCAUCAGAAUACAACGCCAUCAAAAAUGUAUGCAUUUGCAUCAUUUACAUAUUUAUUUGCAAUGCUUGCAAGUAAUUUUGCAUUAGAAUUUGUCAGUUAUCCAUUGCAGGUUCUUGGAAAAUCAGUUAAACCUGUUCCAGUUAUGCUUUUGGGUGUGCUAGUUGCAAGAAAGCAAUAUCCACUUAUGAAAUAUGUCUACGUUUCAUUAAUUGUUAUUGGUAAGAAUUCUUAA